AUGCAGUUCAAAUGUGCUUUCACAAUUUUAAAAAUCGAGGCAUUAUUUAAUCCACUUGGAAGUGAUACUUUUGAUGAUCCUAUGGUGGAUUGUGUGGAUUUCAAAACCCUUUAUAGUCCACAGAGAACAGCGAUUCUUGAUGAUGAGAUGGAAACAGUUUUUAACGAAAUGAAGAUAAAUUUAAAGAGGGAUUUGAAAGGUCCAAUGAAAUACGCGAAGAUUGAAAAGUCUCUUCAGCUUGCGUUGCAAAUCACCAACGCUAAUCCUGGCCUGUUCAUCGAUGGUGAAACACCUCAACUGAUUUUGAAGGUUUUUGAGAAAGUUCUUGGAUCAAAGUUCAAAGACACGCAAGAAUCAAGGCGCAAUGCAAUGAUAAGCAACAUUUUGGAUAUUGUGACCACAUCAUCUGAUAUUGGUGAGAAUGCUAAAUCAGCCUUUGCUUGUUUUGUUCUUCCCUGCCUUAACCUUUUGGUGGACAAAGGAUGCAACGUCACUGUGAGGUUGGAGGCCACCAAGUUGCUCAAUACCAUUAUUGAGUCAUUCAUGCGUCAAAAUCAAUCCGAUCUUAGUUCCUCUGCGUUUGUGAAAAACUUUGAUAAUCUCGUAGCUGAUGCUGGUGAUUUGGAAGUUCAAUUGUGCAUGACGGAGCUCGUCUGUCGUAUCUUGCCUGCGGAAAAACGAAAGAUUCACGUACAACAAUGGUUUAAGCGAAAUCCUGAAUCCCAAAAUGAUUUCGCUUCUAUUAGAGAUGCUGAAUUUGAAUCCGAUUGCAGGAAAUUUAUAAAUAACUUAAACGAAAGGCAACUUGAUAAUAGAAGUGUGUACUCAUUUCUUUGUAAAGAAGUAUACCUUGGCUUACAAAAGGUGAAUUGUCCCACUGAUGGAGAUAGCGGAAUGUUUUGGACGGAUUUCAGUCUGGGAAGCGAAUCUAUUUCUUUUUUUGCCAUCGAUACUGAGGGCGACGUUUGGGAGACUGUGACGAUCAAGAGGAAUCUCGUUUUGCAAUCGCAAAUACUAGAAAAAAAAGAAAGCCAUGAAGUUCUCCUGGUUUUGCGUCUCAACAAAGCCGUUCAUACCAUGCUAACAUCCUGCGACCAAAACGAUGCUUACGUGAAGUUCAUCUACGACGAGAAAAAUAAUCCAAUCAAGGCUGCAAGCUUAUUGUUUCCCCAGGAUUUUUCUUCCAACACCCCGCUCAGUCCAGAUGUUAUUGCUUCCACUCCAAAGGCUUCUGUUACAUCUACUGCCGUCCAUCUCUCGAGUCGUGCUAAAGGUCGCUCUAAAACGGUCAAAUUUUCGGUAUAUGUCACACCUUUUUCUACAUUUUUAUGCCAAAGGUCCGACUCCCAGCAUAAGGUAAAACGGGGGUCGAGCGACGAUGCUUUAAAGUCGAGCGUUACUGGUUCCGCAAACGACAAAGGAAGAGAGGAAAGUGUUUCAAAUAAAGUGGAAAGCUCGAGCCGUGAUAACGAAGGCGAUAACAACCCCCCCGUCGCAGAAAGUGCGGUCGUACCUGACGAGGAUACCAUCAGCAGUAGCCUGCCUGGUAGGGCUGAGAUAACCCCGAUGGUAGCGGAGUCGAAUGCCGGUAUUGUAAGCAAAAAUGAAACAGAUGGAUCCAAUAAUCCGGUGGGUGUUGACGCCCCUCCAGUGGUGGUUGUCCAUAUUUCUUCCAGCGAUGAACAAACACGACCACCAGGAAACGAUGCUGGUAAGGUUAAGAAAAACAUAAGCUACCUCGAAACAAGCGUGGAUGACAGUGGAUUAGGCAAGAGUAUUGACAGUGCAUUAGGGAAAAGUUUGGAUAAACAGAAUCUCACCUUGGAGGUUACAAAGGAUAAAGAGGAGCAAAAGGACACGAGUCACGAGGAACCAACAGUUAUCAAUGAAACUCAGACACUCAGCCAGGAGGGUGCGCUUGGAGUGACCAAUGUUGAGACGGUCUUUCAAGAGGACCCUCUGCAUGUUCUGCUGCCUGAGGCGAGUGGGGGUGUCGCUGAUAUGGGAAAGAAGAGGAGUUCAGCUGAUGGCGCGGAUAGUUCAGGGCCUUUUAUUAAAAUAAGCAAGAAAACGGAAGGCAAAGAAAGUAAAGCCAUGGACGAUAGUGAAAGCAGCACUGUUGUUAAGAAGAAAACAACAAGAGCAGUAAAAGGAAAACCUGCAGUACAGACUCGCGGAGUUCGAACCAGGGCAGAAGCGAAGAAAAGACAGUCUCUAGCUGGUGUUUCAACUUCGGAGUCUGAAAUCACUGAUGGUCUGAAGUGGAGUAAGCCUAUCACGAAGAGCGAGAUUGUGGAUAGCGAGAGGUCCAAACCAUUUCCACGUCCUCUCAGCGCGGACGAGCUUGAUAGAAGGAAUAAACUUGGCAGUGGCUACAAUACCGAAGACUAUGUGUUCGGAAACUCGGAUCCUGAACGGAGAACGGGAAAGAAACAAGUUAUAAAUAAUUCAGGAUAUCUUCCGCAGUCUCGCAUGGCGUUAGUCAAUAGCGUAUUUCGGGAAAAAUAUAAAUGGAACGGCCAUAUAAGACAGAGAAAAUUUCUUGGCCCUUUUGAAUUCAAACAUAGUCCUCCUGCUAAAAGAUCUCCUCAGGGCAAGAAACUUCUUCGUCCCGCGUUGAAAGCGUAUCAAAACAAGAAAAAAAACGAGGUCCGCAAAAAAAGUAAAACGAGAGCCCGACAGGAUGGUUCAAACGAAAUGGAAGAAGAAGAAGAGAUGAUUGAGGAGUCUUUCUCAGACAUUGCACUAAGGAUUCAACAAAGACGUAGUGAAAACCAACUCGGAGAGUAUCAUUCAGAAAGCGAGCUACUGGACAGUAAUUCCAAACAACCCGAACUUCACAAGAAGACAGAAGAAGCUGUUGGCGAGGACAAAACGGAAUCUAGGAAACGAAAGAGUCCUGAGAAAGAUGAUGACUUGGAAAAAAAUAAACGUGACAAGGAACCCACUGGAGAAGAUGCGGAAGAAGAUUUAUCCCUUGGGCCACCAGUUUUCAGCUCGACCAUUGAUAAUGUGACUAGGGUACUAUUUGAAGUAGAAGAUUCACAGAUCCCAGCUGAAAUCGAUGUCCUGCCUGAGAAAGAAUCAUUUCCAAAUCACAUCGAGAAUCAUGAAAAAAGUGAUAAGGAAUUUUCUACUCGUGUUAAUGACCAAGUAGAAAUAGAUGGUGCCGAGGAAAUCAAGAGCGGAGAUGCGAAAAUGAGUAGACAAAAGAAAGUUAUGGAAAAGUUUGUCGAUCCCGAGAAGGAUUCUCGAAAGAAAUCCCUCGGGGCAAUGAAGCCAAGUGCCAAAUCUGCUCCAGAAACAACCGGCAAGAAAUCAACCCGCGAUGUUGUCAGUGCCGACAGAACGCGUGGAGCACAACACAGCGACACUAAAAUGCUUGUUGACGAUGUGUUUGACAAACUUGAUGAAGAUGUGGCUUUAGAAACGAGGGAUGACAAGAAAAAUAAGAAGCAGAAUAAUAGUGGGAAAGUUCAGAAACGAGCAAGGUUAAUAAGGCGGGUUCAAUCCAAUCAGGAAACUUCUGUCGCGAGGCCAUCUCAGGGAGCGAGUGCAGAGAAAACAGGCUCAAGGCAAAACAACGUGGAAAGGAAAGGUCUGAAUGAUGCCUUGUUUCGUUUUGAAAGUGAUGAUAGUUGUUUGAGUUUGGGGCAAAAACAGAGGCAGAGAAAGAUGAAACAGACUGAUAUCAGUGCAAAUCGAACUAUCAAAAGUGUUUCUGAAGCUAUUACCUCGGGUAAAAAGCAGGCUGGGACGAAAUCACAGCGUAGGUCAGACGUACGGGAUGAUGCUAACGAUGCAGAAAGUGGCCUGGAACUAGAGAAGGAUGAGAGUUAUACAAUGAAAAGGCCUGGGAAUGAUCAACAUGAUAAAGAUGGAAAUUCCGACGAGGAUGAUAGAGAAAAUUUUUCGCACCCUCAUACCCCUGGUAUAGUUAGUGCAUUCAGAAAGAAUAUUGAGAAAAUUUUGGAAGAAUCAGACGAAAGUUCCUCUUCGAGAAAAAAAUCGGAAGCCGUAGUAGAAAAGGAUCAUUUCAAGUCGUUUGGUAUGAGGUCUUCAAAGGCGAACCUGUCUGGUGCUGGUGAUUCAGGAUUCUUUGAUAAAACUGGAAGCUCAUUAGGAAAGAGUAGAGCGUACGGUAAACGAGAUCAAACGCCAGGUUCUGCGAAGAGUAUCACACCAAGCGAGACACCAGGGAGUAAAACUCCAAGAAAGAUGAGACGACUCGGACGUCUUGAGAUGCAGUCAAAGAAUCCUCGUAUUCGUGCCCGAGGUUAUCGCAGUAACGACGACAAACAAACGUCUAAAAUCCAGGAUGAAGAUCAUUCCACGGAGGAAGAAUUCAACUUCUCUCUUUCCCAACCGGCAUCUACGUCUACGAAGCAGGGAAGCAGAAAAAGAAAAGGAAGUAAUCUCGACAAUGUUUGGUUUAAACCAGGAGGGGAACUUGCUGGUUUGUUGGAGAGACAAGUUCAGCAUCGCAAAAAGGGCUCAUCAAAGGACAAUGCCUUGGAACAAGAAAUAGAUUAUCAAGAUUCUUUGGAAGAAUGUUUUAAGACUCCUGUUGCAGACAGUCAAUCUUUGCCAUUACAGCCAAAGAAAUUGUUCAGAUCUACUGACCAUCCCGUCGCUAAAAAGAGACGCAAGGCUUUAAUGGAAAGUCAUCGUGAUGAUGAGAAUGAAGAUGAUGACGAUGAGGAUGAUCAUCAUCAUGAUAAUGAUGAUAGUGAUGAUGAUGACGAUGAACAAAUAGAAGAUGAUGAUGAAGAAGUUGGUGAUGUAGUCUCGAUAGGAGAGGAAAUGCAAUCAACUUUAAUUUCAAGUUUAGGAAAAGAAGUAAAAAAGACCAUAAAGCAAAGGCAGCACUACGUAAACCGAAUGGCAACAGCAAUGAUGAAGUUGGUUAUGACCAAGAGUGAAGAGAUGUGGGCAAAAAAAUCCUCCAAAAGGGGAACGCUUUUGAACGAAUUCCAGAACCGUGUUAGUCAAUCAAUCGAUGAACACCAGCAGAUAACAGCCAGAAGGCAGCAGAUUGAAGACGAGAUGAUCACACAAAUGAAGGAUUCCUUGGAAUUAUUAGCCAAUCACAGAAAGGAACAAGAAAAAUGUCUCCGAGGGAUAGUUAAAACGCAGAAAAGUUUUGCAGAGACGUUUAGAAACAUCGAAGAGGCUGAAAAAUCGAAACAGACGGAGUUUCAUAAUUCCUUGCGAAAAGAGUUAAAGCGCUACCGCGAUCAGGCAGUAAUGGAAGUUGAAAAACAAGAAUUUCGUCGUAUUCAGGCCAUUCUUGGCACGUCUUUGUAAUGUCGUAUCAUUUCCCAGAAAUUUCUUGUUGUAAAUUUAAUGCAUCCUUUAAUGGCAACGUUUGAAACUUUUGAAAAGAGAUUUGUCGUAGUUUGGAUUAUUUGUUGUCAAGAAUGACGUUAACUUUGUACAUACAUAUUUAUAAAUUUAAAUUAAGCUUGGUUAAUAUUUGUAUACAAGCACUAAUUAAUUAUCAAGUAUUUAUUAAGGAGAAUAAGAAAAGUUUGUGCUCGAGAGAUGUU